GAAAGCGAUCAGAUCUGUUUACAUCGCUCAUGCAAAUACGUGUUUCAUUGUUUCGUUCCAAGUGCAAUUUCCAUUCGAUUUUUAUUUUUCGGACGAAUAUCUGCGAUACGAAAGAAAAAGAAAAAGAAAAAAAAAACACACAAAGAAAACGUUAACCGAGACCGCCAACCAGCCAGUCUCUAAUCUAGCCAAACUAUAGCACAUAUUCGUGAUAGGGGAACACACGAAUCAGAGAGGAAAAUAACGAAGAAAGAAAAAUUAUAAGAAAUAUUGUGCGAGUUCAUAUUUCCGUUUCGGUUGUGAAAUUAUUUAUUGUUACAGUUCAUGCUAAGCGCGCGCGGAAAUUUUAGUCUAAAUGAAAUUGUUAUGCAAAUCUAAAUUGCCGUCGUUAUUACAUUGAACUUGGGAGAAUGCCUUUUUAGUUAGAAAUAAUUGAGGCCUACGCGGUAGCAAGACCAAAUUUAUCACAUCGACGUUUGGAAUGAUAUCAAGUAGAAAGGGGGUGAGAUUUCAUACAAAAUGCAGGUAAAUAAACCAGAAAAACGACAUGAAUCGAGACUGAAAAAGCUGUGGCGCUCUCCAAAAGCCACCUCUCCCGAUGAAUCGACAGGAGCUGAAAGUCCAACACAGAUGAAAGGCCAAAAAUUGCAACAACUCCAACUGAGUCCCGUUUUCAAUAAGCCCACAUGUUCAUUGCCUUUGUUGCAGGUUUGGCCGAGCCAAGACUCGCCACGAGGCCAAGCAGAUGGCCAAAGUUUUGUAUUUGGAAGUUAUGUAGAUGAAAGUGGGGAGAGCAAUGAGAAUGAGCGGCGAGAUUCAUCGUUCAGUGAUCAAAUACAUGGUCGUGAUUCGGGAAUUGAUUCAAGCCAAGCGUCUCCAUCACCCAACACAGUCACAUAUCUACCAAACGGAUCGCCAACACCUUCAUUGAACAACGGUAGCAAACAGCGAAGACCAUCAAGUGCCCUUCUGCACCCAGAUCAUGCACGAUUACUACCACCUCCAAGCCGAGGUCAAAUAUCACCGGAUCAAUCAUCAACCGAGGACUUGACAGAGUAUCUAUCCAAUGCGAGUUUGAAACAUCGCGGCGAACUCAGUCAACAAUUUUAUUUGGCCAGUCCAAGCAUUACAUCUUCGACAACGUCUAUCGCUGCAUCGAGUAGCAAAAGUCAUCGGUUUUGUGACACAUGGCUUCAACAGGAAAAGGAUCCAGACUAUCGACGCCGAUCGUCAACGAUGACAAAUCGCUAUUCACUAUUCGAUGCAUUGGAUUUGGAGUGUGUCCUUUUGCGAGCCGCUGCCAGGGGUUCCGUUGGUCCAUAUUCGUUGAGUGAAUCAUUGCGAUUUGAUAAGUUAACAUUUACUCAAUCGCUAGCAUUUCCAGCGUUGGCUCGUGGCUUGGCAACUAAACAACGUCGCACCGAUAAACACACCACACGACCAACCAAUUCACAUGAAUCGCUGCUGAACACAUUCGCUAAAGUCAUCACCGCCGUGGUUUUGUUUGUCGUUUCCAUUCUGGUAUUUCUCGUCGUGUAUAAAUUUGUGCGAACGUGAGGGUUACUUUUAACCCAAAAUAACGGGUUCACGUCACUGAAUAAUAAUAAUAAUAAUAAUGCAUCAAUUAGUUAUAAAAACUGGUAUCCUCCGAAUGGCUCAUCGUCAGCGACACAUUCGAACACUUUCGUUUGGCCGCCACCACCACCACCUAAACCGUACGAUACAUCGAAUAUGACUGAAUCGCAAAGUAAUCAUAGAAGCCCAUUCGAUGCAUCACGCAGUACAUUUCUGGGAAAAAUUGGACACGGUUUUAAUGUUCGACACUUCAAUUCCACGCAUCGCAAAAUGAAAGAGCCAUCAAAAUGACAUGAUUCAACAGAAUAACAACAAAGGUGUACAAAAUAUAGAAAUGUCACUUUUUUGUUUGCUUGGCACAUCAACAUGUGACAUCGGAUUUUAAAUUUUAACAAAAUACAUUUUAUUCUCAAACAAUUCGCACAUUACAUUGUGAUGCGUUUUGAAUUGUUCAAUCAUGAAUAAAGCCAUUGAAUACCGGUUUUAUUUGAGGCGAAAUUUAUGCCGUGGGAUUUUGAUAGUUUUGCGUAAUAUUGGAUA